AUGGCUAGACGCGUUCUAAAGUGUGUGCAGUUAAAUCUUCAUAAAUCCAAAUCUGCGACACAACAGCUAAUUUUAAAUAUGGAAGCUGAUGAUAUUGACUGUGCUUUGGUUCAGGAACCUCAUUAUUACAAGAAUUUUCUUCCAGGAUAUCCUGGCACUUAUAGACUUUAUUGUGAUCCUAAUUCUGAUAAUGUAAAGGCGGCAAUCAUUAUUCGAUCACGUGAUCUAUCAACAUUUCUUGAUUAUAAAAAUACGGAUUAUAAUAUGGUUACCUUGGAUAUUACUGUUGGCUCAACUGUGCUCACUCUUUUUUCAUACUAUUUUGAACCCUCAAGAAACAUUGACUUAGAUCUUCAUAAAAUUAGUCAAGUCUUUAUGUCCAAAAAUCUUAAUCGACUGGUUUGGUGUAUGGACUCUAAUGGCAAAUCUGAAUUAUGGUUUAGUCCCUAUUCUGACUCUCGUGGAGAUAAACUGAGUGAAUUUAUUUCUGCCAACAACCUAUUUGUUAUUAAUGAAGAUUAUGGACCUACGUUUCAGGCAACUCAGGGUUCUAGUUAUAUUGAUGUUACUGUUAUUGGUUCAGAUCUUCUCCAGGAUAUUUCGA